UGAUUUUCAUUGCAUCCGUCGUGGACUUUCAUUUGAACCUGCGCCCUCAGAGAUCACAUGAAGCAUUAUCACUAAUUGCGCCAUCACCAAACACAUCACUAAAGUUUCAGUUGGCUGGAUGCACUGCGCUUAGAGCUUUUCUUCUUCUUCCUUCCUUCCUUCCUCUUAUCCAUUAAUGUCAACUAAAAACGGCCAACCCCUCGCGGCACCGCCGCCUCGUCCGACCGUCACUCUCCCGCCUCGACCUUCCAUGGAGGCCUUCUUCACCGGUGGACUCGGCCUAAGCCCUGGCCCCAUGACUCUUGUCUCUAGCUUCUUCUCCGACAGCCACCCUGACUCCGAUUGCCGUUCUUUCUCUCAGCUGCUCGCCGGAGCUAUGGCUUCGCCGCUUGCUCUCGGCGUCAGGCCAAGUUUCCCUCCGGAGAAUUCCAACUCCAAUUCCUCCACUUCUGAGGAUGGAGCAAAGAAGAAUUUGGGGUUCAAGCAGAGUAGACCAAUGAAUUUGGUUGUUGCUCGUUCCCCAAUGUUUACAAUCCCGCCUGGGCUUAGCCCUUCUGGUUUGCUUAAUUCUCCGGGCUUCUUUUCGCCACAGAGCCCCUUUGGGAUGUCCCACCAACAGGCUCUAGCACAGGUUACAGCUCAGGCUGUUCUAGCACAAUCACAGAUGCAUUUGCAAGCUGAUUUUCACCCAUCUGCUGAAACAGACGCUCCUGAACCAUUGGCAGUGCAGCCAUCCAGUACUCCAGUUGAAGGAUCAGAGCUGCAAGUGGCACCAUCACUAUUGGAACCUAAAGGUGCCCAAGUGGAAGUAUCAGAAGCUUCUCCUGCUGACAACAAGUAUCAAACUUCUUCUAUGGGCAUUGACAAACCAGCAGAUGAUGGCUAUAACUGGCGUAAGUAUGGACAGAAGCAGGUUAAGGGGAGUGACUAUCCACGGAGCUACUAUAAGUGCACACAUCUGAAUUGCCCUGUAAAGAAAAAGAUUGAGCGUGCCCCUGAUGGCCAUAUAACUGAAAUUAUCUAUAAAGGCCAGCAUAACCAUGAAAAGCCUCAGCCAAAUAGGCGUGCUGCCAAAGAUAAUUGUGAAUCAAAUGAAAAUAAAAGCAUUCAAGUUAUGUCUGAGUCAAAUACACAGGGUUGGGUUGGAAAUUCAUUUGUCUUGGGUGAAAGCAUGCCUGACCAUUCAAUGCGUGAGAGUGACCAGACCUGCAAUCAAGAGGCUCCCAGACAGUCAUCUGGAUCACGUGAGAGUGAGGAAGUGCUUGAUGCUAAUAUUAUGGAAGAAGAUGGAGAUGUUGGUGAGCCUAACCCAAAAAGGAGGAGCACUGGGGUUGGGACUUCUGAAGCAUCUUUGUCCCACAAGACUGUUACAGAACCUAAAAUCAUUGUGCAAACAAGAAGCGAAGUUGAUCUGUUAGAUGAUGGCUUCAGGUGGCGCAAGUAUGGCCAGAAAGUAGUGAAGGGAAAUCCUCAUCCAAGGAGUUAUUACAAAUGCACUAGUGCAGGAUGUAAUGUGCGUAAGCAUGUUGAGAGAUCUUCAACAGACCCUAAAGCUGUCAUAACUACGUAUGAGGGAAAACAUAACCAUGAUGCGCCUGCUUCUAGAAAUAGCAGCCAUACCACAGCCACUACCAAUUCAAUGCCUUUAAAGCCACACAGAGUGACUUCUGGGAAGCACGCUUCGCUUAAAGAUAUGGAUUUUGGAAACAAUGACCAAAUCCCAGCUGUUUUACGCUUAAAAGAGGAGCAAAACAGAGCACAAAUAUGAUACCAAGAUCGGUUAAGCAACUUUUUUGAGUCAGAGAACUAACCUGGUGAAUAGUGACCUAGAAAUCAAAAGGAUUUAAAGGCCUCGUGAAUAUAGUUGACCAUGGUUAGAGGCUUAGCGCUUGUAUUUUGUUCCCUAGGUUCUCUGAAUUUUGACGCUCUCUCUUGUAAAUGUAAGUUAUGGACCUACUUCAGUAUAUGAAAGAUCAUUACAACUUAAUAAAUAGACAUGUAGAGUUUGUCCCA